ACUGAGUUCAUACAUGAAAUUAAGUGAAAUUGAAAUUUCAUACAUGAAAUUAAGUGAAAUUGAAAUUUCAUACAUGAAAUAAACGGUUUCAUGAGGAAGUAAAACAUUUCUUUUAGAAGAAUUUUGAAAAUAAUUCUUUCCAACCGAUAGCAGUUGUAGACAAGGUUCUAAUACAUAGUCGCCAUUGGCUAGUUCUUACCAUGAAGACGUAAGUAAGUUAUGAACAAUAACAUGAUGUAUUAGAUGUUUUUUAUCUAUUUUUUAUCUAUGGCCCUUACAUUCAGAUGCGAUUAUUACAAUAGUCAACAAUACUAAACUUUACAUCAAGUAUACUGAUGAAUUCCAAGCAUGGUCGUUUCAAGACGGUGAAGCAAUUCUCAUUCUGUUUAGAAAAUAUUUUAAUUUUUAUGUGUUUGUAGUGCUAUUCCAUUUGGAUUUUGAAGGUUUUGCCGAGUGGUACUAGGUGUGUAAUAUUUCAUAACUGCACUCAAUUUAAUCUCAAAGCCUUUUUCAUAUCUCUCAUGGUGACGGGGCAGAAAGGAGCUACGGGAAAAUCAAUCAAACUUCUGUCAAAAUUUUGAUUUUGGGUCGACAAUUGUGUGAAAGAAGAUGCAACAAAUUAAACCUAUAUGACGUAUCUGCUGGUGUUUUUUCGAAUAUUUGCUUCCAGUGUGCUUCCAAGAAUGACCCUUGAUCUGACAUUCAAAAAUUCAAAACAUCGCAUAAAAGGCAAUGAAAACCAGCGAAGACAUAUGGUGGCUCCUUGUAAGAAACGUAGUUGUGCUAAUGCUUGGACAGAAUUUGAUGUUUGGGAGUGAUCAAGCUUCCAGUGGUUAUGAUUUGAUGAAACAUCACAAGGUGUCUCCGUAUAAGUUUUCGCAAAUACGUUACCAACAGGAAGCGGUUCAAGUCUUCAAGAGUUAUUCGUUAAUGCGACGAACGAAGCCAUUGAAACAGGAACUCUAAAAUUAUCAAUUGGACUUCACGAUGACACUGUGGUAACAGCAUCACUAAGCGCACCAAGCAAUUACGACUGUACGGUGCGAUCUGCAGUACCAGCGGACGUUCGUGCACGAUUGGGACUCAGCACGUAUUAUACGCAAUAUGCUCAUGCCUACGGUAUACCGGUACUUAGCUCAAGCCGCGUAAAGCCAAAAGCCCUGGAGCGAGCUUGUUACGUGAUGAGGUUUCUGUUUGCCGAUCGCAAGGAUAUUCGAGACUGGUUCUACAGACGAAAGGGCAGAGCGGGAAUCAUGGCAAGAUCAGAAGGCACAACGAUGAUUCCCGAACACAGUUUCUUGCCAUCGUGGUGGAACGAAAGAGCACGUGGCCUGGGCGCUACUAUUCCCAUUCCCAUUUCCACGGGGGGUGAAGAGAAUCUUUUAUGCGAACGACCAGAUCGCUACUAUAACGAAGACAUCUUUCUUCACGAGUUUGUUCACGGUAUUCAUAACUUGGUUGCGACUGGAGCUAUUCCGACUUUAGAUCGUCGUUUGAAAGCUGCCUACGAGAGUGCUCGUUCCAACAGACUGUGGUGGAGAACGUACGCAUUAAGUACGGACCGUGAAUAUUUUGCCGAAGGUACGUAGAGUUUUUUCAACGUCAACGCAUAUUCAGCUAAACCCAAUGGAAUUCAUAAUGACAUUAACACUCGCAAGAAACUUCAAACAUAUGAUCCCGCUCUUUAUGACUUGAUCAAAGAAGUUUUCCCAUGUGAAAAUGAAUUCUUGAAACGUUGUGAUGCAAGAAAAGGGAAACUGCCGCAACCUUUCAAAAUGGAUUGCAAAGAUGGAGGAACUGUUGUCACAUUAAAACCUGAAACUACACCAGUUCCCCCUCAUUCAACAACUAGUACUCCAUCUAUUUCUAAACCCACCAAUCCAGACACACCGCCCAUUCUUACUUCUUCGAAAUCAGACACUCCACCACUUCCCACAACGCCCAGUACUCCAUCUGUUUCUAAACCCACUAAUCCUGACACACCGCCCGUUACUACUCCAUCAGUUUCAAAAUCUAGUACUUCACAUGUAACCACUCCUCAAGUAACUACAACUCCAAAAAGAACGCCUUGGCCAACAUCAAAUAAACAGUGUAACAAUCAUCACAAACAUUGCAAUGAUUGGGCAAAACUGGUGAAUGUCAACGUAAUCCUGCUUAUAUGUUGCUAUUUUGCUGUCGAUCAUGUAGGAUCUACAAAUACACUACCACACCUCGUGUGACGUGUAGGGACAACCAUAAAAAUUGCCGAUUCUGGGCUUACAGAGGACAUUGUAGAUAUUCAUAUUACUAUAUGACAAAAACUGCAGAAACAGUUGUGGAUUAUGUCGAUGCCUAUUUUUUGUUUUUGUUUGGGGUUUUUUUAUUUUAUAUAGCUAGUACUGAGUUCAUACAUGAAAUUAAGUGAAAUUGAAAUUUCAUACAUGAAAUUAAGUGAAAUUGAAAUUUCAUACAUGAAAUAAACGGUUUCAUGAGGAAGUAAAACAUUUCUUUUAGAAGAAUUUUGAAAAUAAUUCUUUCCAACCGAUAGCAGUUGUAGACAAGGUUCUAAUACAUAGUCGCCAUUGGCUAGUUCUUACCAUGAAGACGUAAGUAAGUUAUGAACAAUAACAUAUGAUGUAUUAGAUAUUUUUAAUCUAUUUUUUAUCUAUGGCCCUUACAUUCAGAUGCGAUUAUUACAAUAGUCAACAAUACUAAACUUUACAUCAAGUAUACUGAUGAAUUCCAAGCAUGGUCGUUUCAAGACGGUGAAGCAAUUCUCAUUCUGUUUAGAAAAUAUUUUAAUUUUUAUGUGUUUGUAGUGCUAUUCCAUUUGGAUUUUGAAGGUUUUGCCGAGUGGUACUAGGUGUGUAAUAUUUCAUAACUGCACUCAAUUUAAUCUCAAAGCCUUUUUCAUAUCUCUCAUGGUGACGGGGCAGAAAGGAGCUACGGGAAAAUCAAUCAAACUUCUGUCAAAAUUUUGAUUUUGGGUCGACAAUUGUGUGAAAGAAGAUGCAACAAAUUAGACCUAUAUGACGUAUCUGCUGGUGUUUUUUCGAAUAUUUGCUUCCAGUGUGCUUCCAAGAAUGACCCUUGAUCUGACAUUCAAAAAUUCAAAACAUCGCAUAAAAGGCAAUGAAAACCAGCGAAGACGUAUGGUGGUUCGUCGUAAGAAACGUAGUUGUGCUAAUGCUUCGACAGAAUUUGAUGUUUGGGAGUGAUCAAGCUUCCAGUGGUUAUGAUUUGAUGAAACAUCACAAGGUGUCUCCGUAUACGGUUAUAUUGGUUGAAUAAGUCUGUUUGGAAGUAUUCAUAGUGACUUGUGUACAAGGAAAAGUUUUCCCAUGUUUAAUAUUUAAAUUCACGCUAUCCAUUUAUAAUUCACUUGAUGUUCAAACUAAGUGAAAGUUUUAAAUUGUAUGAAACAUUGGUUACUUAUAACAUUCUAUGACUGAAUUCACAAAUAAAAAUCGUCCCUUUCGUUGAUUUAUUGCACAUAUACACUUUUUGUCUAUCAUGCUUCACAAUAAAGCUGGGUUCACACUGUGUAAAGGAAAAUUGAUCUGUCAUCAUUGCAAAAUUUACUUCUUUUAUGAUAGAUGAAGGAUAUUAUAUUGCAAAUUAAAGAGUGUUGUCUUCACAUAAUCACAUUAACUUAUGCGUAGAAGAGUAGUUUCUUACGAUAAUUUAAUACGUAGUUCGGAAAUUUAGGCAAACGAAUCACAUCUUAUGCUCACAAAUUAUUUGAAAUAAAGAUGUGGUUAUGCGGGGUUUUUUUUCUUGUAGUUUUCGCAAAUACGUUACCAACAGGAAGCGGUUCAAGUCUUCAAGAGUUAUUCGUUAAUGCGACGAACGAAGCCAUUGAAACAGGAACUCUAAAAUGAUCAAUUGGACUUCACGAUGAUACUGUGGUAACAGCAUCACUAAGCGCACCAAGCAACUACGACUGUACGGUGCAAUCUGCAGUACCAGCGGACGUUCGUGCACGAUUGGGACUCAGCACGUAUUAUACGCAAUAUGCUCAUGCCUACGGUAUACCAGUACUUAGCUCAAGCCGCGUAAAGCCAAAAGCCCUGGAGCGAGCUUGUUACGUGAUGAGGUUUCUGUUUGCCGAUCGCAAGGAUAUUCGAGACUGGUUCUACAGACGAAAGGGCAGAGCGGGAAUCAUGGCAAGAUCAGAAGGCACAACGAUGAUUCCCGAACACAGUUUCUUGCCAUCGUGGUGGAACGAAAGAGCACGUGGCCUGGGCGCUACUAUUCACAUCCCCAUUUCCACGGGGGGUGAAGAGAAUCUUUUAUGCGAACGACCAGAUCGCUACUAUAACGAAGACAUCUUUCUUCACGAGUUUGUUCACGGUAUUCAUAACUUGGGUGCAACUGGAGCUAUUCCGACUUUUGAUCGUCGUUUGAAAGCUGCCUACGAGAGUGCUCGUUCCAACAGACUGUGGUGGAGAACGUACGCAUUAAGUACGGACCGUGAAUAUUUUGCUGAAGGUACGCAGAGUUUUUUCAAUGUCAACGCAUAUUCAGCUAAACCCAAUGGAAUUCAUGAUGACAUUAAUACUCGCAAGAAACUUCAAACAUAUGAUCCCGCUCUUUAUGACUUGAUCAAAGAAGUUUUCCCAUGUGAAAAUGAAUUCUUGAAACGUUGUGAUGCAAGAAAAGGGAAACUGCCGCAACCUUUCAAAAUGGAUUCCAAAGAUGGAGGAACUGUUGUCACAUUAAAACCUGAAACUCCACCAGUUCCCUCAACAACUAGUACUUCAUCUGUUUCUAAACCCACCAAUCCGGACACACCGCCCGUCCCUACUUCUUCAAAAUCAGACACUCCACCAGUUCCCACUCUUCCCACAACGCCCAAUACUCCAUCUGUUUCUAAACCCACUUAUCCAGACACACCGCCCGUUACUACUCCAACAGUUUCAAAAUCUAGUACUUCACAUGUAACCACUCCUCAAGUAACUACAACUCCAAAAAGAACUCCUCCAGUAACUACAACUCCAAAAAGAACUCCUCCAGUAACUACAACACCAAAAAUAACUCCUCGGCCAACAUCAAUGAAACAGUGUAACAAUCAUCACAAACAUUGCAAUGAUUGGGCAAAAACUGGUGAAUGUCAACGUAAUCCUGCUUAUAUGUUGCUGUUUUGCUGUCGAUCAUGUAGGAUCUAUAAAUACACUACCACACCUCGUGUGACGUGUAGGGACAAUCAUAAAAAUUGCCGAUUCUGGGCUUACAGAGGACAUUGUCGAUAUUCAUAUUACUAUAUGACAAAAAACUGCAGAAACAGUUGUGGAUUAUGUCGAUGAUUAUUUUUUGUUUUUGUUGGGUUUUUCUUCAUUUUAUAUAGCUAGCACUGAGUUAUUGUUUUGAUGUACGUUUUUUUCUUGUAAGUAAAAAAUUGAAAUGUA